AUGCGCUUCUCCUUUGCGGUAGUGGGUAUCUUCUUUUUGGCAGCUGUGUGUCAGGCGGCUGUUGUUCCCAGACGUUAUCGGAGCACAGAAGAAAUAUUAGUACCAGUGACUGUGAUUCAAGAUGGCGAAGAGAUCAAAGAUGUCAGCAACGAAGCCAAUCUGCAGUCUCAGGUGAAAAGUGUUGCCACCGAAGUCAUUGCCGAGGAAAUCGCCAAAGCCGUGGAUGAAGAACAAAAAUUGGAAGCCGUCGAAGCUGUAGUAGAAGCCCAACGUCGCCUUGAUGGAGAUGUCGUGAAAGAGGAUGCCGAAGAAGCAGUUGUCAAAGAAAAUUCCGAACUUUUAAAAACCCUUCAGACCGAAGAGAAAACCUCAGUGGUUGUGAUUGACGAGAAAAAGGGCGACGAUGUAGCCGUCCAGCCUGAAUUAAAAUCUGAGGAAGUGAAACCCCUUUCUGGCGAAAAACCAGUCGAAGAUGAACAGGCUGCUCAACAAUUCAAAGCACUCGUGAAAGACGACUCUUCCGAAGAACAUGUACAAACUCCUGUCGUGUCUAGUGAUGACGAAGAGGGCGCACCUGAGGCCACCUUGCGUCAAGCUACACAAGCCACACCCGGUCAGACAACACAGCAGAACUUCGUACAACAGCUUAUUCAGAGUUCUCCGCUGGGCCAAUUCUUCAACCAAAUCACCGGCCAGACACAAAACACUCAACAAGUCGCAAACGACGAAACUGCUCCAGCCACGCCUAAUCCUACAAUUCCCUCGUUUUUGGCCCCAGCUAUAUCAACAGUUCAGAACGCAGCUCAAUCGGUAGUCAACACAACUCAGAACGCUUUCCAAGGCUUGACAAAUCUGGCUAGCAAUUUGGGUACAACAUUCCAAAAUACCUUGUCCAGUUUUGGUGGACAACCACCAGCACAGCAACAAGGCGCUUCCGGCGAUGCCACCACAGCUCGACCACAAGGACCUUUGCAGCAGCUGGUCAGUACCAUUAUGGGAAAUAACAACCAACAAGCAACCCCAGCAUCAGGCACUCAGCCGCAAGGGCCGUUGCAGGGCCUACUGAACAUUUUCCAGGGCAACAAUGCUAAUAACGCCAACAACAAUACUCCACAAGCGAGUACACACUCAGCGGAUACAACUGCCACACAGCCGGCCACUCAGCCUGAAACUCCAGAUCAAACCCCGACUGCUGGCGAAGAAGUAGCUAUUGCUGCCGAUGAUAUGAACAACGAGAUUCGUAGCAGUGCCGAGGUUGACGACUCCUUUGAAGAAACCAACCAACCCGAAGAGUUGAUAGUAGUCCAAGACGAUGCCUCUCAAAAUCACGAUAACGAGCAUUGA